GCUCCGCGGGACGCAUACAACUACAGUAACUACUCGACAUCAUCGCAGUCAUAACACCUUGAUCUCCCCCUAUUUAUCUACCUCACAUCACAGAGUUACCAUGUCGAAUAAAAAAAUCGAGCAAUGGGAAAUUGAACGGUACUGGGAGAUCUUCGCAUCGCUGUCAAAUGGCCAAGCACACCUGAAUAGCUCCCAAGCGGCCUCGGUGCUCAGGAACAGUCGGCUCCGCGAUGACCAGCUCGAGAAGGUCUGGGAUUUAGCUGAUGUGGAUGGGGAUGGAGAGCUGGAUUUUGAAGAGUUCUGUGUUGCUAUGCGACUGGUCUUUGACUUGGUUAAUGGAGAAUUACGCAGUGUCCCGCAGGUGCUUCCAGACUGGCUCGUCCCUGAGUCCAAGGCCCAUCUUGUCCAAGCGACUCGUGCGCUGAGCCGUCCAGAGGAGUUCGAACGGAUAGAAGACGAGGACGAUACCCCUGGGUUGAAAGAUGGUUUCGAUUGGUAUAUGAGCCCAGAGGAUAAGUCUAAAUACGAGGAUAUAUAUACUGCCAAUAAGAACCAACGCGGAGAAAUUGCCUUUGGAUCAUUACAACCCCUCUACGACUCCCUCGACGUCCCGGAUACCGAUGUACGUUCUGCGUGGAACCUUGUCAACCCAUCUGCAUCACCCGAGAUCAACAAGGACGCCACCCUCGCAUUCCUGCACAUCCUGAACUACCGCCACGAAGGCUUCCGUGUCCCCCGCGCCAUCCCUGCUUCUCUCCGUGCCUCGUUCGAAAAUAAUAAGAUCGAUUACCAGCUCGACAAUAACCGUCCCGCACAGCGAUGGGGCGCGCACGGCGACACUGAAACCCCAACCGGCAAGAAGUCCAAGUUCGGAGAUACAUACCUGAGCCGCCUGGGCGUCGGAAGCAAAACCGGGUACCAACCAAGGGGUACCGAUUUCAGCGAUACCAUCCAAGACGAGGAAUGGGAGAAGGUCCGUUUGAGGCGAGAGUUGGCAGAGAUCGAGAAGAAGUAUGAGUCGGCAACCAAAGCUUCCCAGGGUGAUAGGGACCAGCCCCGCUAUGACGGUGGACCGAAUUGGGCUAUGAUUAAGAAGGAGGCGCUCCAGCUUCUGGAGUAUAAGGAACGUGAAUACCGGGAGCUAAGGGAAGGCGUGGGCAGGUCACAGGAGGGGCAGAACCUAGAGCGACUUCGGGAGGAUAUCAAGGCUGUUGGCGAACAGGUCGAUGGAUUGAGAAGCCAUCUUGCGCAACGGAACGAUGUCCUUGCGGAUCUGCGGAGGCAAGUCGAGGAGGAGAAACUCAAUCGGUAGUGCGAGUUCUCUGUUAUCCUAUAAACCAGGGCCAUUGAUUGUCAUUUCCUUGCUUUGUUUCUAAUUUUCUUGUCUUGCUAUUCUGCACAGCCAGUUUGGCGAGGAGCAUCAGGCGCUAAUGGAUACUUUCUUGCGGGUUUCAAUGAUUUACCUAUUAGACUGAACUGGCUUGCAUUUCAGAUACAACCGUAAAUUGAUAGUCUAUAACUAUUGUACAUAACAACUUCAUCAUAAUAAAGAAAAAAUUAGUCUCUAAUUAAUCC